AUGGCAGAAGUACGACAGCGUGCCAAAGCGGCAGACCCUACCGUCGUGCCCAAAGAAGCCUCGAACUCAAAUACCACUCCCAAGAAGAAGAGCUCUGGCUUCAGCUUCACAGAUGUGCUGCGCGUGCUGGGUGGCAUUCUCUUGCUCAAUUGCGCAUUGAGCUACUUCGUUACUUCUUCAUCGCUGACCUGGGGUUGGCGACCUUGGUACUCGAAGCCUGCGGUUGUUGCGUCCUGGCUUAGAGGACCACUCUACCUCACCGACGAGGAAUUGAAAGCAUACGAUGGUAGCGACGCUAGCAAGCCAGUCUACAUUGCUUUGAACGGCACCAUCUACGACGUCAGCGCUGGCCGCCAUGUCUACGGUCCAGGAGGAAGUUACAACUUCUUUGCUGGCCGUGAUGCUACUCGCGCAUUUAUUACUGGAUGUUUCCAAGAGGACCUGACGCCUGAUAUCAGAGGUGCAGAGUUGACUUAUAUUCCUGUGGAUGAUGAUGCUCCUUCAAAAGCCGAGAUGAAGAAGAGAAGAGAAAGGGACACGAGAUUGGCAAAGAAGAGAGUGCAUGACACGAUCGACGGAUGGAGUCGCAUGUUCAAGGGUGAGGCUGGCAAGAACUACUUCGAAGUUGGCAAGGUCAAGAGAGAAGAAGGUUGGCUGGAGAAGUUGCCCAAGAGGGAAUUGUGUGAGCAGGCGCAAAAGCAGAGACCUCAGCGUAAAGCUUGA